UUUGUGAGGUAUGCAUAACAUGGUAAGUUUCUCCGAGGGAGCGAGGAUCAAAGAGAAAACAAUGGCAGAAGCAACAAUAAGAGAAACAAAACCAGCAGCAGCCUUACCUCUCCAUCACCUCCCUUCUCUUUCACCUAUCACCCCGCCUCCUUCCUCCCUAUAAACCCUAAAGACAAGAUCAUGCCUUAAAAGCACGCGCAUUCCCUCCAUCUGGCAUAAUCACAUCAAGUAUGUUUCUGUAAAUCAUACAAAAAUCAAUCAAUUUAAUUCUCCGUUUCUCUCACAAUGGAGUCGUUGAUCGAGCUAUGCGACCUAAUUUCACAGAACCCUGCACAAUUCGCUGACAAAUUGACUUGGCUAUGCAAUCGCUGUCCUCAACCGGAGGCUCUCUUAGCAGGAUCGCCUAGGGUUUCUCACUCACAGAUCAAUGCAAUCCUUGCGAUUUCUCGAUUCCUCUCCAAAACCCUCGACCACACCGAUAACCGUCCAAAAUCACUAAUCCUCACCUUCUUUCGCUCAAUUCCGACCUCGUUUCACCCUUCCUUCUGGCCACAAUCAUUCCCCACCGACUCGAUCGCGGCCUUUUUUACCGAUUUCCUGGCGUACGUCUCAAAGUCGGCCGAAUUGGAUCCGGAUUUCGCUGUCGAUGUUGCCGGACUUGUUGGAGAAGUUGUCGUGGCUGCGAUCGGGAACAAUGCCGGUGAGAAUUGGGAGAGUUUGGCGAUUUCUAGGGUUUUCUUGAUUGCGUUAACGAAGAAUUUUGUUCCAAUUUUGCCGGAGGAUGGAGAGAAGUUGAUUACGUGUCUUUUAGAUCAGUUUAACCUGCCCGUACAGGUGCCGUCGUCACCUAGUGAGCGAAUUGGGAUGAAUUCUGGAACAUCUUCGUCACAGAGUUCGCCAUUGAGCAAUAAUGUGAAUAGUCAUAAUAGUAGUUACAGUGCCCAUAAUGAGAUUUCGAGUAUGGUGAAUGAUUUGAGUCAAAUGUCAGUAUCUUCGUCGAGUGCAUCUACGACAGUUGUGGUGAAUGGGAGUGGAGUCACGUGGAAGAGUGGAUUGGAGACAAUGGGGGUGGGACUUGAUGGAGGUGGGGUAUUGAAUAGGCAACAAGUGGCUUCAUUCGAGGAAGAGAGUGUGGAGGGAUUGGAGAAGCAGGAGAUCGCAUACAAGUUGAUUGGACUUGUUUUGGAUUGUGCUAGGAUAGACAACAAGCUUUUGGAUCAAGUUAGGUUAAUUGCUAAGAAGCAGCUUCAAUCUCUCUCUGCAUUUUUGAAGAUACGGAAACGGGACUGGAAUGAACAGGGACAACUUUUAAAAGCAAGAGUCAGUGCAAAACUUUCUGUCUAUCAAGCUGCAGCCAGGAUGAAAGUUCAGAGUCUUGCAUCUCUUGAUGUGGAUGGCAAGACAUCCAAGAGGUUGGUGCUUGAGACUCUGGCAUUGUUGAUGGAUGCUGCAGAAGCCUGUUUGUUCUCAGUGUGGCGGAAGCUGAGAGUUUGUGAAGAGCUGUUCAGCUCAUUGCUUGGUGGGAUUGCACAAAUUGCGGUAACCAGGGGAGGUCAGCCAAUGCGAGUCCUGCUUAUUCGCCUUAAGCCGCUUGUGCUGGCUGCAUGUGCACAGGCUGAUACCUGGGGUGGCAGUCAGGGAGUAAUGUUUGAGAUUGUCAUGAAGACAAGUUGUCAGAUAAUUGAAUCUGGCUGGACAAAGGACCGGGCUCCUGUAGACACUUUCAUCUCUGGUUUGGCCUCCAGCAUACGUGAACGAAAUGAUUAUGAUGAACAGGUUGAGAAGAAGCAGGGAGUUCCUGCUGUGCAGCUUAAUGUUAUUCGCUUGCUUGCUGAUUUGACUGUUUCCGUUAACAAGUCUGAAGUGGUAGACAUGAUUUUGCCACUUUUUAUUGAAAGCUUGGAAGAGGGUGAAGCUUCAACUCCUGGUUUAUUGCGACUUCGACUUCUUGAUGCUGUUUCUCGAAUUGCAAGUUUAGGUUUUGAGAAGUCAUAUCGUGAGACAGUUGUUCUUAUGACAAGAAGUUACUUAAGUAAACUAUCAAGUGUAGGGUCUGCUGAAAGCAAAAUAUUGGCAGCAGAAGCCACCACAGAACGUGUUGAGACUCUUCCUGCAGGAUUUCUUCUGAUUGCUAGCAGGCUUGAAAAUAAGAAAUUGCGUUCAGACUAUCGUCAUCGAUUGCUAUCUCUGUGUUCAGAUGUAGGCCUGGCUGCUGAAUCUAAAAGUGGAAGGAGUGGAGCAGAUUUUCUAGGACCUCUGCUUCUUGCUGUUGCUGAAAUAUGCUCUGAUUUCGAUCCCGCUGUGGAUGUGGAACCAUUGCUCUUGAAAUUGUUCCGCAACCUGUGGUUCUAUGUUGCUCUUUUUGGUCUAGCACCUCCAAUUCAGAAAAUUCAACAACCAACAAAGUCAGUUUCAACUACACUGAACAGUGUCGGAAGCAUGGGCACAAUUGCUCUUCAAGCAGUGGGUGGACCAUACAUGUGGAAUGCACAGUGGUCGUCUGCUGUUCAGCGAAUUGCUCAAGGGACUCCUCCCCUAGUUGUUAGCUCAGUAAAAUGGCUCGAAGAUGAAUUGGAACUCAAUGCCCUUCACAAUCCUGGAAGUCGUCGGGGCAGUGGCAAUGAGAAAGCAGCUUCAACCCAAAGAUCUGCUCUUUCAGCUGCUCUAGGUGGCAGAGUUGAUAUUGCAGCUAUGAGCACAAUUUCAGGUGUGAAGGCAACCUAUCUUCUUGCUGUAGCAUUUUUGGAGAUAAUACGCUUCAGCAGCAAUGGCGGCAUCCUUAAUGGUGUUGCUAGUUUGAGUGCUUCUAGAAGUUCCUUCAGCUGUGUCUUUGAGUAUCUAAAAACUCCAAAUCUCAUACCGGCUGUGUUCCAAUGUUUAACAGCUAUUGUUCAUAGGGCGUUUGAAGCAGCAGUAUUCUGGCUGGAAGAUCGAAUAACUGAAACAGGCAAUGAAGCCAAUGUUAGAGAAUCAACUCUUUUCUCCCAUGCCUGUUUUCUUAUAAAAAGCAUGUCUCAGAGGGAGGAACACAUUCGAGAUAUUUCUGUAAGCUUGCUGACUCAGCUUAGAGAUAAGUUUCCUCAGGUUUUGUGGAAUUCAUCUUGUUUAGACUCCCUGCUAUUUUCAGUUCACAACGACUCACCUUCUACAGUUAUUAAUGAUCCUGCUUUGAUAGCAUCUAUUCGUUCUUUGUACCAAAGGAUUGUGAGGGAAUGGAUCAGUAUAUCACUUUCAUAUGCUCCAUGCACUAGCCAAGGUCUGCUUCAGGAAAAGCUUUGCAAGGCAAAUACGUGGCAGAGAACGCAACAUACAACUGAUGUUGUUUCUCUUUUAACUGAGAUACAGAUUGGGAAUGGUAAAAAUGAUUGGACUGGCAUACGAACAGCUAACAUUCCUGCAGUCAUGGCUGCUGCAGCAGCUGCUUCAGGAGCAAACUUCAAAUCGACAGAAGCUUUCAACUUGGAGGUGCUCAGUAUUGGUAUCGUCAGUGCAACAGUUAAGUGCAACCAUACUGGAGAAAUUGCAGGCAUGAGAAGGUUGUAUAAUAGCAUUGGUGGAUUUCAAUCUGGUGGCACACCAACAGGUUUUGGUGGUGGUCUUCAAAGGCUGAUAUCUGGAGCGUUUUCUCAACAACCACCAGCCGAGGAUGAUGCAUUUAAUGAGAUGCUACUUAAUAAGUUUGUGCAUCUUCUUCAGCAAUUUGUCAGUAUUGCAGAAAAAGGUGGGGAAGUGGACAAGUCACAGUUUCGUGAUACAUGUUCUCAGGCCACUGCAUUUCUUCUCUCAAAUCUGGCUUCUGAGUCAAAAUCAAACGUAGAAGGCUUUGCUCAACUUCUACGUCUUCUUUGCUGGUGUCCAGCGUAUAUUUCUACACCUGAUUCGAUGGAAACUGGUGUUUUCAUUUGGACUUGGUUGGUUUCUGCAGCUCCGCAACUCGGUUCUCUUGUGCUUGCAGAGCUAGUGGAUGCCUGGUUAUGGACAAUUGAUACGAAACGAGGAGUUUUUGCUCAUGAAGUGAAGUAUUCUGGACCAGCUGCAAAACUGAGACCUCAGCUAGCCCCCGGGGAACCUGAAUCACAGCCUGAAAUUGAUCCUGUCGAACAAAUAAUGGCGCAUAGAAUAUGGGUUGGAUUCUUCAUUGACCGUUUUGAGGUGGUUCGACACAAUAGUGUUGAGCAACUCUUGCUUCUUGGCCGGUUGUUGCAGGGGACAACCAAAUCUCCCUGGAACUUUUCAUGCCAUCCCGCAGCUACUGGCACUUUUUUCACCAUCAUGCUUCUUGGUCUCAAGUUCUGUUCAUGUCAUUCCCAAGGCAAUUUGCAGAAUUUCAAAACAGGGCUUCAACUGCUGGAAGAUCGUAUUUAUAGGGCCUGUUUGGGCUGGUUUGCUUUUGAGCCUGAAUGGUUUGAUGCAAACAAUGUGAAUUUUGCCUAUAGUGAGGCUCGAUCUGUCUCCCUAUUUGUUCAAUAUAUUUCUAAUGAUGGUCAGUCUGAUGCAAGAGGAAAGGGGCAUGAGAAUGGGACUUACUCGGUUGAUAUGAAUGAUCAGUAUCACCCUGUAUGGGGCCAGAUGGAGAACUAUGCUGCAGGAAGAGAAAAACGGAGGCAGCUUCUUUUAAUGCUAUGCCAGAAUGAAGCUGAUAGGCUUGAAGUUUGGGCACAACCUACUAACUCUAAGGAAAAUACAUCUUGGCCAAAAAUCAGCUCAGAGAAAUGGAUUGAAUAUGCUAGGACUGCCUUCUCUGUGGAUCCAAGGAUUGCCUUAUGCUUGGUUUCGAGGUUCCCAACAAAUACUAAUCUGAAAGCUGAAGUAACUCAACUAGUUCAGUCACAUAUUUUGGACCUCCGCUGCAUACCUGAAGCAUUGCCAUAUUUUGUCACCCCAAAGGCUGUUGAUGAAGAUUCAGUGCUUUUGCAACAACUGCCUCACUGGGCUGCUUGUUCAAUCACACAAGCACUCGAGUUCCUGACUCCUGCAUACAAGGGUCAUCCACGUGUGAUGGCAUAUGUUCUUAGAGUUUUGGAGUCUUAUCCUCCAGAACGAGUGACCUUCUUUAUGCCUCAGCUAGUGCAGUCUUUGCGAUAUGAUGACGGGAGGUUAGUAGAAGGAUAUUUACUCAGAGCAGCUCAGAGAAGUGAUGUAUUUGCCCAUAUUCUGAUAUGGAAUUUGCAGGGUGAAACAUCAGAAUCAAAGGAAGCUUCUUCUGGAAAGAAUGUUUCCUUUCAAGCACUGUUGCCAGUUGUUCGUGAGCAUAUUAUUGAUGGUUUCACUCCCAAGGCCCGGGACUUGUUUCGAAGGGAAUUUGAUUUCUUUGAUAAAGUUACAUCUAUAUCUGGUGUUCUUUAUCCACUUCCUAAAGAAGAACGCAGGGCUGGUAUUCAGAGGGAGUUGGAGAAAAUUGAAUUGGAGGGGGAAGACCUGUACCUACCAACUGCUCCUAACAAGCUUGUGAGGGGCAUCCGGGUGGAUAGUGGAAUACCUUUACAAUCUGCAGCAAAAGUUCCCAUCAUGGUGACAUUUAAUGUGGUUGAUAGGUGUGGGGACCGGAAUGAUGUAAAACCCCAAGCUUGCAUUUUCAAGGUAGGAGAUGAUUGUCGACAGGAUGUUCUUGCCCUUCAAGUGAUAGCACUCCUUAGAGAUAUAUUUGAAGCAGUUGGAGUUAAUCUCUACUUGUUUCCUUAUGAUGUCCUCCCAACUGGCCCGGGGAGAGGUAUAGUUGAGGUUGUGCCUAAAACACGAAGCAGAAGUCAGAUGGGUGAAACAACAGAUGGCGGUUUGUAUGAGAUCUUUCAACAGGAUUAUGGGCCCGUCGGCUCUCCUAGUUUUGAAGCUGCACGCAAGAAUUUUAUCAUUAGCAGUGCUGGUUAUGCAGUUGCCAGUCUUCUACUUCAGCCGAAGGAUAGACACAAUGGGAAUCUUCUUUUUGACAACGUGGGGAGGCUUGUCCACAUUGAUUUUGGUUUUAUCUUGGAAACAUCACCUGGUGGAAACAUGCGCUUUGAGAGUGCGCACUUCAAGCUGAGCCAUGAGAUGACUCAAUUACUAGAUCCCUCUGGUGUUAUGAAGAGCGAAACUUGGUUGCAAUUUGUAAGCUUGUGUGUGAAGGGUUACCUGGCAGCCCGCCGCUACAUGGAUGGGAUAAUCAACACUGUGAUGUUGAUGCUUGACAGUGGAUUACCUUGCUUCAGUAGGGGUGACCCAAUCGGAAAUCUUCGCAGGAGAUUUCACCCUGAGAUGAGCGAGCGUGAAGCUGCCAAUUUCAUGAUCCGCGUGUGCACAGAUGCCUACAAUAAGUGGACCACUGCUGGCUAUGACUUGAUACAAUAUAUUCAACAGGGCAUUGAGAAGUAAAUAGAAACGUAAAGAGUUAAUUGUAAAUGUACAUGAUUGCUUGUAGUUUUGUAAUUGUUGUGUAGGUUUACAGCUGUGAUUUUUUCAAGGGGUUUGCACUUCAGAGAGAUGAGGUAAAUAUUGGGAAAACGGCAAAAUUCUAAAAAUUGAGUCCUUGUAACCUGGUGGUGGAUUACUUGUGCGGUUUGUAAGAAUACUCCUAUACAUAAUGAAAUUCAUGGUUCUCUCGUUGCCAGUACAAGAAACAA